GGAAGUUUUUCAUUAAAAAUAUAGGUUGGCAACGUGAAAUAGAUGCAUAUGAUUGGUGGAAUGUUAUCUCUCCAGUCCAACAACCAAUCAUGUGCUAUCAUUAUUAUCAUUCACUGUGACCAACCAAAGUAUUUUAGUAGAAAUCUUUUUUAGGGGUGCUCGAUAUUUCUGGGCACCCUGUACAAAGUACCCAGUUGAACUAGAUACCUACUCGAUUUGAACUUGAACACGAUCGUUUUCAAUUUGCCAAUUUUCCCACUGUCAUUCCUACUACGAAGAAAGUGGGUGUCUUAUCUAUGAUGUAGCCUGUAGGUAAUGUAUAGGUAGGUAGGUAGGUAGGUAGGUAGGUAGGUAUACAUAGAACUAUAUUGUUCUAAGUUCUAACAACCUAGGACCACAUGAUUCGACCACUGACUAAAUUUAAAGUUUUGAUUUUUAAUCAUAUGUAAGAAUGUGAAUGUAUAGGUCACUUUAUAUGUACCUGCAUAUAUUACACACAGAAAUUAGAAUACCUAGAUAUGUAGUAGUUGUACGACGCCACAUUGUAUUCCAAAAUCGCGGCACAAUCAAUGAUUCAUUACAUUUAUCUCAAAAUUUGGUGAUUGGAUAGUUGUUGAUAAAAUGUUUAUUGUUUAGCCAGAGUACUUUUACAGCAUAUGUUUAAUUGCUCGUAUUUAACGCUUUAUCUCUCGUGCAAGUACUAAAGUACUCGUAAUUAACGCAUGCGCAGAGCGAUUCUUCCACAUAUGCUUCCACAUGUAUGGACCCCGCCUACCUCAACAUUCCAUAGGUAACAUAACAACACCCAUACAACACCUACAUCAAUGCAUAAGUUACGUUCAUUUUUAAAAUCGUUGUUUAGUGUGUUAGUUUAAUGGUAAGUCGGCAGUGACCAAAAAAAAACAUGCUGUUGUUACUUCGAUUUUUGAACUUCGUGACUGUCCUAUUAGGGAAAAUAGUCGCCCCUCUUUAUUCAUACUUUGCAAAACUUCCGCGAAAACCCCUACCGGCGCUAAAUGAACCAGAAAUUCUCAAUUCGAGCGCGACAAUUUUAGCCCAAAAAAUUAGGACCAAACAACUCACCAGUGAGCGAGUUGUGAAAGCUUUCAUUGAACGAUGCCAGCAAGUGAAUGGACAAUUGAACGCCAUCAUUGAAGAUCGAUUCGAAGCAGCUUUAGAAGAUGCUAAAAAUGUUGAUCGUAUCAUCCAAAAUAAUGAAAAGUCUGUUGAACAACUCGCCAAAGAGAAGCCUUUGCUGGGAGUUCCGAUCACGUUUAAGGAAUGCUUGAUGGUUAAAGGUUUGAGUUAUACUGCCGGUGCUCCAUCGAGAAAAGGCAUAAAAGCUACCGAAGAUGGUGAUGUAGUAGCUGCUUUGAGAAAUGCAGGAGCUAUACCAAUUGCUGUCACGAAUUUGCCCGAAUUCUGCUGCUCUUUUGAAACUCGAAGUGAAAUAAUAGGUCAUACAAGUAAUCCAUAUGAUCCUAAUCUUACUUCGGGUGGAUCUUCUGGAGGAGAGGCUGCUCUGGUCUCAUCAGCUGGUUCAGUUAUAGGAGUUGGGUCCGAUUUUGGCGGAUCGGUUCGAGUACCUAGUUUCUUUUGCGGUGUAUUUGGACACAGACCUACCUCUGGUAUCGUUUCUCUUACUGGACAUUUUCCGGAUAGUCCCGAUGAAGCUUGGCAAAAAAGAAACUCGAUAGGACCUUUGUGUCGUUACGCAGAGGACUUGAAAUUAGUUCUCGCUGUUAUGGCCGGUGAAAAAAAUUCCAGCUCAUUAAACCUAGAUCAAAAAGUAAAUUUGAGCAAAUUGAACAUAUAUUAUAUGCUCGAUCGAGGCUUCAGAAUAUCCGAAGAAUCAGUCAAUCCGGAUAUUAAAAAAUCAAUUCUCAAAGCAGCCGAACACUUUCGUAGCACUUACGAAAGCUCUGUUCAAAAAAUUCACAUAGCUGAAAUGGACGACACACUUGAAAUGAGUAUGGCCAACGUUACUCAAAUGGAAGGCCUCGAUGCAGCAUUAACUUUGAAAGAUCCUAAAGACGAGUCUUGUCUUUUUGUCGAAUUUCUGAACUUGCUCAGAAAUAAAGCCAGCUAUUCGAGGGAAGUGUUGGUAAUGAGAUUUAAAGAUAAACUUAUUCCUUUUUUGUUACCUGAAAGCAAAGUACCCAAGUACUUAUCAGAAGCAAAUAACUUGGCUAAUCGUCUCAAGAAUCUAUUGAAAGAAGAUGGUGUUCUAUUCUACCCAACCAGUGGUUGUUUGGCAUUCUACAAACGGCAAUUAACAUGGAAAGAGACAUCGAUGGAAUAUUCGGAAAUUGUAAAUGUACUAGGUUUUCCAGCCACUCAUGUUCCGAUGGGAUUGAAUGAAAAUGGCAUCCCAGUAGGUUUUCAGGUAAUUGCUGCCCCUAAUCAAGAUCGCCUUUGUUUCGCGGUUGCUGAAGAGCUUCAGAAAGCAUUUGGUGGAUGGGUGCCUCCGCCGAUGAGCUCAUAAUUUUAUUUUAUUUAUUGCAAUGUACCUAUUUUGAAUCCACCCUAUUUUUCUCAUCAAGUACUUACUAAUUAUGGUGAUACAUUUCCUUUGUAGAAUUAUUAUUAUGUUUAUAGAGUUUUUUUCUAUCUAAUUAUUUACUACAUAUUUAUUUUUAAUAAUUUGUAAUCAUGACUCAUGAGCAAAAUUUUAUACUUGAACAUG